CGACCCGAGCGCCGCCGCGGCCCGUUCGGGUCCCGAGCCGGUGCGAGCUGGUCCGAGCGGGUCCCGAGCCGGCCCCACGCCUCCGGCCGGCCCGCGCGUGUCAGUGGACGCGGCGCCCGGCCGGCCCAUGUGCGUGCGGCCAGCCCCGCCGCCCGGGCUUCGCCGCCGCCCGCGCCCUGGCCCCCGCCGGGCCUCAGAGGAGCCGCCGCGCCGCCCGCCCGGCCCGCGGGGCAGGUGAAGAGACUCUAAAUCUUCUGCUGAAUGGAAAUAAUUUUUUUCAAGUUGCAUAUAUCCAAGAAGCAACCCCAGAUGUUGUUCUGUUUUGCCUGAAUACAAGGUUUCAACAAGAAGUUGCCAUAGAAGGUGUUCUGUGGCCGCCACCAUGUUCUGGAAAUUUGACUUGAACACCACGUCCCAUGUGGACAAGCUGCUGGAUAAGGAGGACGUGACCCUGCAUGAGCUGAUGGAUGAGGACGACAUCCUGCAGGAGUGCAAGGCACAGAACCGGAAGCUGCUGGACUUCCUGUGCAGGCCGCAGUGUAUGGAGGAGCUGGUGAGCCUCGUCACGCGUGACCCGCCCCUGGACAUGGACGAGAAGGUCCGCUUCAAGUACCCAAACACCGCCUGUGAGCUGCUGACCUGCGACGUUCCGCAGAUCAAUGAUCGCCUGGGAGGGGAUGAGGCCCUGCUGGGCCUUCUCUAUGACUUCCUGGAUCACGAGCCGCCACUCAACCCUCUGCUGGCCAGUUUCUUCAGCAAGACCAUUGGCAAUCUCAUCGCCAGGAAAACAGACCAGGUGCUAGUGUUCCUGAAGAAGAAGGAGCAGUUCAUCAGCCUGGUACUGAAGCACCUCGGCACCUCAGCCCUCAUGGACCUCCUGCUGCGGCUUGUCAGCUGCGUGGAGCCGGCCACGCUGCGACAGGGCGUCCUGCAUUGGCUGAACGAAGAAAGGAUCAUCCAGAGGCUGGUGGGCCUGAUCCAUCCGAGCCAGGAUGAAGAUAGACAGUCCAAUGCGUCCCAGACUCUCUGUGACAUCAUCCGGCUAGGCAGAGAGCAGGGCAGCCAGUUGCCAGAGGCCCCGGAGCCGGACCCCCUCCUCACCGUGCUGGAGUCGCAGGACUGCGUGGAGCAGCUUCUGAAGAACAUGUUUGAUGGGGAGCGGACAGAGAGCUGCCUGGUCAGCGGGACGCAGGUGCUGCUAAGCCUGCUGGACACCCGGCGGGCCGGGGCAGACGGCCUGCUGGACUGCUUUCCUCAGGGACUGGAGCGGCCACCAGGCACUGUCAGCGGGGGGGUGCUGCAUGGCAUUGAGCCGCGGCUGAAGGACUUCCACCAGCUGCUGCUCAGCCCGCCAAAGAAAUCAGCCAUCCUGACCACCAUCGGCGUGCUGGAGGAGCCCCUGGGGAAUGCCCGUCUGCACGGCGCCCGCCUCAUGGCUGCACUCCUGCACACUGACACACCCAGCAUCCACCGGGAGCUCUGCCGACUCAACACCAUGGGUCUGCUGCUGGACCUGUUCUUCAAGUACAGCUGGAACAACUUCCUGCACUUCCAAGUGGAGCUCUGCGUUGCCGCCAUCCUCUCCCGCACCGCCUCCGACAGUAGGGUGGAAGCUGCCGGGCCCAACGGCGUGGCAGAGCUGCCAGAGACCCCCCAACCUGCUGCCAGUCACCCCGAGGAGCACACGAUGGUGACCCAUCUGUUCGAGCAGUGCUGCCUGGUGCAGCGGAUCCUGGAGGCCUGGGAAGCCAACGACCACACCCAGGCCGCAGGGGGCCGGAGGUGUGGAAACAUGGGCCACCUGACACGCAUUGCCAAUGCUGUGGCACAGAGCCUGGAGAGGGGCCCCGUGCAGGGCCACGUCAGCGAGGCCAUCCGAGGGCUCCCCGAGGAUUGCCGUGGGCGCUGGGAAAGCUUCGUGGAAGAGACGCUGACGGAGACGAACCGCAGGAACGCAGUGGACCUGGUCAGCACCCACCACCUGCACCCCUCGAGUGAGGAUGAGGACAUGGAGGGCGCGUUCCCUAACGAGCUGUCUCUGCAGCAGGCGUUCUCUGAAUACCAGCUCCAGCAGAUGACCGCCACCUUCGUGGACCAGUUUGGUUUCAACGAUGAGGAAUUUGCUGACCAGGACGACAGUGUCAACGCCCCUUUCGACAGGAUCGCAGAGAUCAACUUCCACAUCGAUGCUGACGAGGACACUCCCAGUGCAGCCCUGUUUGAAGCCUGCUGUGGUGACCACAUCCAGCCCUUUGACGAUGACGAGGACGACAUCUGGGAGGACAAGGAUGCACACUGCACCACCCGGGUGACUGCCAGAGCCAGGUUCGGGGCUCCUCAUGCCUCUGAGAGUUGCCCCAGGAAUGGCCCCGAGCAUGGUGGCCGUGACAGGAAGGAGGGCACAGACGCAGGCACUCCUGCCAGCCCCGGCCCAGAAGGCCCCCGUACACAGAACAGCUCCGAAGGUGCCAUCUGGGCAGCGUCAGAGGAGCCGGGGAAUGCAGCAGCACCAGCCUCAGGGGUGGCGAUGGACGUGGGCUCCAGCGUGUGGGCAGCCGGCACCCCCAGUGCCUCUGCCCCAGAGGAGAAAGGCUGGGCCACGUUCACUGACUUCCAGCCUUUCUGCUGCUCCGAGGCAGGGCCCAGGUGCAGCUCCCCGGUGGGCACGGGCAGUGUGGACGUCCAGGGGGGCCUGAAGCAAGGCCCUGAGAGCACAUCUGGCCCAGCCGCCCCCUGUGCCUGGAACGCCUGCGUGACCAUGACAGCCCCCCCGGUGGCUCCUGCCAGUGACCAGAGUGAGCAGGUGGCUGGUGCAUCAGAAGCUGUCAGUGUGGGGCCCAGCCGAGAGGCACCCCCCCUGCCCUCGGCACUGCCCAGGACUGAGUCUGCCACCAGCAGGUCACCAGACCCCACCUCGGCAGCACCUGAAGAAGCCACCUCCAUACCAGUCGUGGCUGCCUCCCCUGAGACCCCGACAGCGGCCGCCACAGCACUGAGCAAGGCUGGCCUGGGCUCGAUGCCCCCAGCUGUCCCUCCUGCACCCGUGCUGGGAACCACCCCAGCCACCGCCACGGGGGCCACCCAGGGGACAGUGACAAAGGAUGGGAAGCUGGAUGGGACACCGUCUGCAGGAGCCGCCUUAAAGGGCCCCGUCUGACACUGCUGCCCGGCCGCAGCCCUGAACCGAGAAACUACCUGGUGAUGCGAUUUGUCUUUUUAAUUUAACUUAAUUUAAUUUAAAAAUAAAUGCUGCAUUGGUAAAGCU